CCCCCCCGACGACGGUACAAUCAUCGAUGAUUUUAUAUUGACUCUUGUUUAUUUCUUUUUUUUCUUGUUUGUUUUUGUGCUUAAUAUUGACAAUUAAAAGUAUAAUCAUAUUAUUGUUCUUUUGUUUUCUCGAAGCUUCUUCGUAUAUCUCUCUUCUCUGAGAUAUACCUACACUCAUUCUUUCAAUACAUUUCGCUUAUCAUUUCAACUCGAUUGUUCCUUACGAUGACUCUAACUUGUGUUAGAUACUUGCUUGUCGAGUUCUUAUUCUCAUAUCUACCGUGUUCAUUGAAUAACAUAUACGAUCUUCAUCCAUAUUCAAUACCAUUUAUUUCAUUGCUGUCAUUCUACCGUAACUAAUUAUUGUCGCACCUGGCAUUUUGGAUAGUUGUUCCUCAGCUGGCAAAAUUGAGGAUGUUACAAGUGGCGAUCUCAGCAGGAUGGGCGUGUGAGUUCUGUUUGCCGCCAGUUUACUAACCAUUAUUUUGCACAAUUGCUUACUUGAAAGUUUGAAUCACCAUAGAUCCCUUCGCCAUCACAAAUAUUAUCUCCAUCAUCAAAUUCUAUGUCAUCAAUGGAACACUGUUAUUUUGAUGAAAUCGAUGAUUUAAUUCGAUCAUCUUGCCAUUCAGCUACACCAGCAAUUACUGAUUCUUCAAAAGUUGAUUAUACUACUCGAAACACAAUCAAUAGAUCUCAGAAUAUCAGAUUCGAUAAUAUUCAAGAUCAAUUAAAAAUAUUUUCCGCACAUCUUGCACGUGUCGAACAAUCAGCAACACCGCUCCAGACCUAA